AUGGAAUGUCGCCGGCCCGAAGCAAAGGCCAGCUCUGAGUAUGCAGAGUCCAGCAUCGCCUCUGGUUUUGUCCGCGUAGAAGAUGCAGAGGUCUACACCGUAUCUUCUCUGGUCGAGCAGACCACACCGUCCAGCCUGUUGCUUUUCGACACGGACUCGUCCUCCUUGGAUUUCCCAGACUUUGACUUGGAUGGGCUCGAAGUGGGUGGCAUCCUCUCAUGGAUUGAACCGGAGCAGAAUUCACAAGUGAUCUCAUAUGUGAUCUAUUGGGCUUCAGACAUUGUGAACCAAUCAGGCACCUGGCUUUGCAUCGCUACCAAUAGCUCCGCGGCAUCUUGCCUGGAAUUGGUGCUGCGUUGCUUUGUCGAGCAAUCCUCGCCUGCGAUCCUGGAGAUUUUUGAUCUCAAUGCCAGUGUGUCGAACUUGCAAUUUGAUGGUGUCUUGGCAGUACGCAAGGAUCUAGAUCUAUAUGAGCUGGGUGGUGAUGCAGUGGCCUCCUCAUCCAACGUGACCUUCAAGGACAAGGACUUGGAUCAGUGGCAGGUGGCAGGCAACAUCACUUGGGUCGAGGCGGAUGAUACUUCAGUGGACCUGAACCUGUGGACCUGUGAGAAACUGUCGACUGCCGCUUUGUUUGAGGAUGUCGAGGAGUAUUUGAUCUACAUGGCGGAAGAUCGUUUUGGCUCUAACAGGUCCUUGCUUGGCAACUCAGCAGCACCCUGCGACGACAACACGCCCUUGUUGUCGUUCACGCACUUUGUGGUGUACUCCAGGUCCAGUCUCGUGGAGCAGAGCACUCCUGGAGCCGUGGUGAUCAUUGAUGUGAGCGCGGCUGUGGAACAGUUAUCCUUUGUGGACCUGGAUCUUGAUGCUUCAGAAUUGGGAGGCGAAGUCACUUGGUCUCCACCCACAUCUGGCUUGGAACAAGUGAACGGCUAUGGCGUCUACCUCUCUGAUGCUGCUUAUGUGGCCCGCAGCCAGAUUGGCAUCGUGCCGAAGGGCACUCAUGUCAAAGCAGUGCCUGACAGCACAGCCCGUCAAAGCUUCACCCAUGUGCUGGUGUAUUCUCGUUCAGAUGCUUUCCAGCAAAGCACUCCGGCUGCGACCGCCAUCUCUGAUGCCUUGGCACAGGUGACCUCCUUGGAGUUUACAGACUUUGACUUGGAUGAGACCGAAGUGGGUGGAACGCUGAUGUGGCAGGCACCAGAAGAUACCACCUAUGUGGCCUACUACAAUGCAUACAAAGCCUACUUCUGUAAUGACACGAAUGACACCAAUGGCGAGCCCAUCUAUGUGGCUGGCACCUUCAGCUUUUUGAUGGAAGCAUCUCCUGAACAGGAGCUCCCAGUGAUGUCGCCAGAGGUUCCGCAUUUGCUGGCAGGAAGCGCUGAAGCAGAAGCUGAUGGAAUGGCCCCGAAGCUGCAGUUUGGACGGAAGCGUGGCAGGAUUAGGAAUGCUGUGACAAGAAUGCGCAAGGUAGCUGUGGGCUUUGCUCAGCUUCUUUCCAAGGACACCUUCCUGCUUUUCAAACGGGUCUGGAAGCUGAGUUUCAAGCACUGUCAGGAACUGUGCCAAAGUGGAUUGCCAGCGCAAGAUCUGUCGUUGCAACCUGUGGAAGGCCUUCACUUGGAGGUGGAGCUAGAGCAGCCAACGGUCAUGGAAGAGGAGGCCCUUGCACGGCGCCUCACAGGUGCCGUCGAUACUGACGACAGCCUCUUGGCAAAUGAGCUCAUGGAAGAACGAUUCCUUGUGAAUGCAGCUGCAGAUGUUUGUGAUGCGGACACAAAUCAGAGCGACACUACAGAUGAGUGGGACUUGAGCAAUUUCACAGGCGAUGUGGCAGCGCAGAUCAGCGGCCUCUUCCGCUUUAACUUGGCUGGAGCCAAUGCGGGGCAGGUCACUUACCAGAUCACCGUGCCGCUGGCAUCCGCUCAGGCCUUAGCUCCGUUCACGCACUUCCUGGUCUAUGCAGCCUCCAACUUUUCGGAGCAAAGCUUUCCAAGUGCCCUUCGCAUUGUGGAUACCGUUGCCAGUGCGUCAACGGUGGACUUCUUGGACUUGGAUUUAGACCUCUUGGAGUUGGGCGGCCAAGUGAGCUGGGCAGAACCGCUUGACCUUUCGAAGGUGCAGGACUAUGUGGUAUAUUUGGGCAACUCCAUCGACCGCUCACAGCUUGGGGUGGCGCAGAAUUCGCAGCUGGACAUUCGGGCUGAAACACCAACUGGCCGCUUCGAGUCGCUCUUGGUUUACACCAGGUCCAGUUUGGCCGAGCAGAGUUCGCCCUCAUCCUUGAUCUUCCAGGACAAUGAGGUCCUGCUGAACAUCUCGUUCUACGACCUCGAUCUCGACGAGGGUGACUUGGGUGGGCUGGCAAAUUGGUCCGGCACAUCAGAGGAAUUGGUGCUGGAAUAUGCUGUGUACUUGGCAGAGAUUUGCGAAGGGCAGGAGAGGAAUGACACAAGUGACACCAGUGAUGUGGCAACAUGGGAGAACAGCACGAGCCCUGACUUUUGCAACCUUCGUUACAUCGACACGGUGAACGCCAGCGAGCCAAGAGUCCAAAUUCCAGCGGAGACUCCGAAGAUGAACUCGACGCAUUUGGCAGUAUUCGCACGUUCAGCGCUGGUCGAACAACGAACGCCUUCGGCCUUGCUGUUCUUUGACGCCUCGGCUAGUGUCACACAGUUGAGCUUCGCAGAUUUGGAUUUGGAUGUUGGCCAACUUGGAGGAAGCAUCACCUGGCAAGCUGCUGACACAGCAGCUGCUCCACGCGUCCUGAGCUACGAUGUGUAUUUGGCUCCUGAUACAGCGGCAACACAACGAUCUCGCAUGGGAUCGCAGCCUGUGGGACAGGAAGCAUUGGUCGUGGAACCUGAAACUGACCUCUUUGAGUUCAGCUACAUUGUGGUUUUCACUCGAUCUGCACUCACAGAGCAGACAACUCCGGUGGGGUUGCAUGUCUCAGACACACAGGCCACCGUUGAAAAUGUGAGUUUCAUUGACCUGGACUUGGACUUCACUGAAUUGGGUGGUGAUCUGCGCUGGAGCGAGCCCCUGAACUUCAAAGAGGUGGAACGCUAUAACAUUUACCUGUCCGAGAUUCUGGACCUGGACGUGCAGAACUUUACUGUGCGGACUUUCCUUGCCAAUGUCUCCGUUGGAGAGGACCUGUUUGUCGUGGCUCCAGAGACCUCACGUCUUGACACCAACAACUCUGCGCUUGAAGAAGCGUACACACACUUCUUCAUCUAUACGCAGUCAUCCUUGGUGGAACAAACAACGCCAUUUGCCCAUGAGAUUUAUGAUGCCGAGGCUACUGUUUCCGACCCUCAACUCAUUGAUGAAGACUUGGACUUGGAUGAGCUUGGAGGUCGAGUAUUCUGGACACCACCCGUAGAUUCCAGCCGUGUCUAUCUCUACCGUGCCUUCCUGGCAGAUCCUUCUGGCCAGCGCUCACAGAUCGGCGAGGACGUUGAGGUGCCUUUGCAUGAAACCAAUCUCACUGCUGAGCAGCCGAUUGCUUCCUUCUCACAUUUGCUGGUUUACACGGCUUCGCAGUUGGUGGAACAGACCACACCAAAUGCUUCAUCCAUCUCCGACACUGUGCGCGUGGUGUCAAUGGUUCGCUUCAAUGACUACGACCUGGAUUUGGACGAGGUUGGUGGCACGGUGCUCUGGGACGCUCCUGUGCCUUCGAGCUAUGUGACGAGCUAUCGACUGGCUUUUGCCACGAUCCGAAAUGAGACCUUAGAGGGCUUUGACAACAGCAGUGUUUUGGCGCUGUUGGAAAAUGAAACCAUCAGCAGCCUGAGCUGGACGUUAGGCAGCACUGUAGCUGGCACCGCAGAUUUGUUUGCGACAAUCCCAGCAGAGACACCCUUGGGCGGAGCAACACAUAUUCUGGUCUUCAGCUCGUCGCGCUUGGCGGAGCAACAAACGCCCAGAGCUUUUGAGAUCCGAGACACUGCCUCACAGGUUUCAGGCAUUUUCUUCAAGGAUUUUGACUUGGAUGUGAAUGAGUUGGCGGGCGAUGCCACAUGGUCGGAACCCGUGGACAUCCAGUUUGUGACGCAAUACGUGGUCUAUUUGGCGACUGAUGCAACAGGAUCAGAGCGAUCACAUAUCGCCUCCACAGCCGUGGGCACGACUCUCCUCACAAUUCCCUCAGAGACGAGGUCCGAAGGUCGUGAUCAGCUGCUGGUUUACACCCAAUCUGCCUUGGCAGAACAGAGCACUCCGGCGGCCUUCGCUUUGAGCGACCUGGUCGCGAUGGUGUCGAACGUCUCCUUCGAUGAUUAUGACUUGGACAUGACUGAUUUGGGCGGAAACCUCACCUGGGUGCUGGCAGAUGACGAGGCCUUGUUGACUCACUAUGUGGUCUACUUUGCCCAGAGCUGCGAAGGCAAUACCUCCGAGGCACUGGCCUCCUUGCUGACAGGAUCCCUGGUCUUUACCGUUGAUGGUGCCACGGUCUCACAGGUUGAAGCUGCUGUAAUUGCCGCACUGGCAAUGGAGUUUGGUGCUUACCCUGGAGAUGUUGUUGUCUCGGUGUCUUCUGCCAGCACACGGCGGCUUCUCGGGGAGGCUCGACGCCUUGCAGCGAACACCUGGCUGGUCACCUAUCAGGUCACCGCUGGCGUCUCCAGCCUGGUGAUCCCACCAGAAACGUCUUUGGAGAAUUUCACGCACUUCGCCAUUUUUGCCCGGAGUGCAGUGGCUGAAGCGACCAUCGCGGCCUCGUUGCUGAUCGAAGACGCAGAGGCCAGCGUAUCCACAGUAUUGAUUCCAGACGAGGACUUGGAUUUGGAUGAGAUUGGAGGCACAAUCUCCUGGGUCGAACCUGUUGGUGCCGGAUUCGAUCGUGUGGAGCAUUACAACAUUUACCUUUCGCUUUCGGCUGCCCGCCGCUCGGGCGAUGCGCGGGUCGUUUCGAUUCCGCGGGGUCAGAGCUCCGCCGAUUUGGCCGCCGACACGGCAAAAGCCAACUUCGAGGCCUUACUGGUUUCCACCGAGUCGAUGCUAACUGAGCAGUCAACACCCGCCUUCGCACUCCUUUCUGACACCCACGCCCUCAUCACCAACCUGUCAUUUGCAGACCAAGACUUGGACUUUGAUGACAUUGGCGGCACGCUUUCGUGGGUGGAGCCAGAAGACGAUGGCUUUGUUCAGUCCUACUUCAUUUACCAAGCCUUGCCGCUGGAGGAGGCUAUGCCACUGGGCCUUUGCGGAUCUCCUCUAGUUGUGGACACACUGCUUAGCGGCAGCCUGCGGCUUACUAUGCCUGGAGUCACUGCACAGGAGCUGGCAGUAGCGAUUCGAGCUGCCUUGUCACAGGCCCUGGGCAUUCCUUUGACCAGCCUCUUCGUUACAGUCACAUCCGUGUCUCUUCGGCGGCUAGCCGAAGAGCGACGUCUGAGUCAAAGCUGGCAGGUGACCUAUCAGGCCUCCAUCAGCAAUUCAUUGGCUGCCUCAGUUUCAGAGAAGAGCAAUCUUUUCCACGCACAGCCAGCGAGCUUUGCAGUACAUCUUUCCGUUCAACUUGUGACAAUUGGCGUUGAUCCUGCUGGACUUGUAAUCGAGGAGUUUUCACAAGUGGAGAUCAUUUCACUCGUGACCAACAGUAACAAGACGUCUAUGAUGGACAACCUCACGAGCGGAGAGAUGAACAUAUCAGAUUCCGAAGACAGUGAUUCAAGGGUCUUGAGGAGUGAAGAUUCUGACUACUCUGACUUCGACAGUUCCAAGGAUAUGCCUCGGCGGCUUUCAUCUCAGGAGGUGAACCUUACCGCCUGGUGUCGUGGAGCUCUUCUGGGGAACGUGUCAGCAGGAAACAGUACCUUCGAAGUGCCACCAGACCUGCAGCUCUCUCCUUACAGUUACUUCGUGGUGUAUGCGGCAUCUGCCUUGCAAGAGCAGAGCACGCCAGCUUUUGUCAAGGCCACCAGGGUUGAUUUGUUUAAACGGCUUGACAACGGCUUCAGCAUCCUUUUGGUGCGCGUUGCGAUUGUCUAAGACAAGAAAGUGGAG